GGGUUCCAAAUUUUGUGUAAGUAACAGAAUGACGACAUAUUUCUACUAUCCGACAAAGGAGGUGCAGGAGGAAUUGUCCUGCAUCGCCAAGGCUCUAGUUGCGCCCGGCAAGGGAAUCAUUUCCGCGGAUGAAUCGAUAUCGACUAUGGCCAAGCGAUUUCAAACAGUUGGCGUUGAGAAUACCGAAGAGAAUCGGCGCUUGUAUCGCCAGCUGCUCUUCACCACGGACCCCAAGAUAUCGGAGACCGUGUCGGGCGUACUCAUGUUCCACGAGACCCUUUACCAGAAGACCGACGGCGGGCAGUCGUUCGCCGAAGUGCUGCGCAAGAAGGGCAUCAUUCCAGGCAUCAAGGUGGACAAGAACUCGGUUCCGCUCUACUGCUCCAUGGACGAGUUCACCACCCAGGGCCUGGAUGAUCUGCAUUUGCGCUGUGCUCAGUACAAAAAGGACGGCUGCGACUUUGCCAAGUGGCGCUCGGUCAUUAAGAUUGAUAGGAACACGCCCUCCUAUCAGGCCAUCAUGGAGAAUGCCAACGUUCUGGCCCGCUACGCCACCAUCUGCCAGUCGCAGCGCAUGGUGCCCAUUGUGGAGCCCGAGGUGCUGAUGGUGGGGGACCACGACUUGGAUCGCUGUCAAAAGGUGACCGAGGCCGUGCUGGCUGCCGUCUUCAAGUCCAUGAAUGAUCACCACGUCUACUUGGAGGGCCUGAUCCUCAGCCCCAGCAUGGUGACUGCUGGCCAGAACAGCAACAAGAACAACACGCCCGGCGAAAUCGGACUGGCCACCAUUUUGGCUCUGCGUCGAACUGUCCCCCCCGCUGUGCCCGGCGUAAUGUUCUUAUCGGGCGGCAUGUCCGAGGAGGAGGCCUCCAUUAACCUGAAUGCCGUCAACAAUGUGCCGCUGUGCAAGCCCUGGGCUCUGACCUUYGCCUUCGGGCGUGCCUUGCAGGCCUCGGCUCUGCGAUCCUGGGGCGGCCGGAAGGACAAUGUGCUCGCAGCCCAAUCUGAGCUGAUUAAGCGCGCCAAGGCGCAUAGUUUGGCCAGCAUCGGCAAAUACAUACCUGGCUCCAUAGAAGGCACAGCGGGCGGCGAGAGAUUACUGGUCGAUGCAUAUGAAAUGUGAGCUCCUCCUGCUCGGAUAUGGGUUAAUGCAAA